CGUUAAUGUGUAUCUUUCAUUUGCUUUUUUAGUAUGGAAUAUGGAAAUCCAAAUCAGGUCAGUGAUAUCUCAUCAACCAGUGGUGUCUUGGGUGAUAAUGGAAACAGUGCAGUGAACUAUGUUGUAGACCACAAUCAGUGUAAUAGUAUUGUUCCAUAUGCCGUAUCGUCAUCUAACAGUAUUUCGUAUGGUCAACGAAAUGUUGCUAAGAGUACCGCUCCUUCAUCCACUCAGGUUAUUCCCUCACAGAACUUCAUUCGUGCUUCGACGAUCAAGCUGCUCGAUACCUAUCAGCAGCGCUGUGGUCUGAAACGAAAGUGUGACGAGCUAGACAAUGCUCCUGCUGUUGCCCUACCAUUGGUGGACUCGCAACAGCAACCAAUCAAAAGGUCGGACAAUACUACAGCUACUCAUCACCAUCAUCACACGAAUCAGAGACAUCAUUCGCAUCAUCGGCAUCAUACGACUACUACUGUUACUAACAGUACAGCCACAAGUACAAUUUCUAUCAGUAAAACAUUUACAACUGCCACAACAACUAUCACCACGGCUCCCACAACGACAAAAACAAGCUCUUCGAGCAGUGAGGGAGAUUAUCAACUGGUACAGCAUGAAGUGCUGUAUUCUGCAACGAAUCAGUACGAAGUACUGGAAUUUCUCGGGAGAGGGACUUUUGGUCAGGUGGUUAAAUGCUGGAAGAAAGGGACCAAUGAGAUAGUGGCAAUUAAAAUCUUAAAAAACCACCCGUCGUACGCACGACAAGGUCAGAUCGAAGUCAGUAUUUUACAUCGGCUUAGUCAAGAAAAUGCAGAUGAGCUCAACUUUGUACGUGCUUAUGAGUGCUUCACUCAUAAGAAUCAUACCUGUUUGGUAUUUGAAAUGCUGGAACAAAAUCUUUAUGACUUCUUGAAACAAAACAAAUUUAGUCCUCUGCCUCUGAAAUUCAUCCGUCCAAUCUUGCAACAAGUUUUAACAGCUCUCUUGAAGUUAAAGCAACUUGGACUGAUUCAUGCAGAUUUAAAACCAGAAAAUAUAAUGUUGGUUGAUCCGGGGAGACAACCUUUUCGAGUCAAAGUAAUUGAUUUCGGUUCGGCAAGUCACGUUUCAAAGGCUGUCUGUUCUACUUACUUGCAGUCAAGAUACUACAGGGCACCCGAAAUAAUUUUGGGACUUCCUUUUUGCGAAGCGAUAGACAUGUGGUCCCUCGGGUGCGUGAUUGCAGAACUGUUUCUCGGAUGGCCUCUCUAUCCCGGUUCGUCCGAAUACGAUCAAAUUCGUUACAUAAGUCAGACACAGGGCUUGCCGGCGGAACACAUGUUGAAUGCGGCCACUAAGACAACCAGAUUUUUUUAUCGAGAAACCGAUAGCAAUUAUCCAUUUUGGAGAUUAAAGACACCAGAAGAACAUGAGGGAGAAACAAAUAUUAAAUCAAAGGAAGCCAGAAAGUAUAUUUUUAAUUGCUUAGAUGAUAUGGCACAGGUUAAUGUCCCUACGGACCUCGAAGGAGGAGAACUUUUGGCCGAAAAGGCCGACAGAAGAGAAUUCAUAGAUUUAUUGAAACGUAUGUUAACUUUGGACCAAGAACGAAGAAUAACUCCAGGAGAAGCUUUAAAUCAUAACUUUGUCACGCUUAGUCAUCUAGUGGAGUAUGCUCAUUGUAACAAUGUUAAAGCAUCUGUGCAGAUGAUGGAAGUAUGUAGGCGUAGUAGACAUAAUUAUGAUCAUAAUGGUAACCAAAUGUCUCUUGUCAGUAAUUUUACUUCUUCGUCUGGAAAUGUUGCUCUCACCUUCAACAAUCAGCUAGGAAAUCUGCCAAAUCAGUAUCAGUUACAGCCAACUAGUUUUUAUCAGACUGCUCAUCAAGUUGCUGCUCCACAGAGAGUAAAUUUGCCUCAGCAGCAAUCUCAGGCAAGGGUUAAUGGGGUUCAUGCCGUUGCUGGAAAUCAGUACACGGCAGCCGUAGCGAGAGCUACGGAUCCAUUCCAACACGUAGCUCAAUCUAUGUGUGUAUCUUCAAUUCUUUGCCCACCAUAUCAAGGACUGAAUUCUCCCGCAAAACACGUCGUGCCUGUUGUGGCACAAGCUGCACAACCUCAGGCACUCCAAAUUCAAUCAUCUUUAUUAACUCAGGUUGGGACACAACAGUAUGUUCCAGUGUCUGUUGUUGAACAGAAUGGAAGGCAAAUGCUAUUAACUAAUGCUGUUCAGUCUAGUUGGCCACCAAACAGACAAAUGUUUCUUCCAUCUUGGCAACAGAUACCUACCCAAAGAGCCAUUCAACAGCCGAUCUUGCCUGAUUCAGAACCAUGGAGUAGACCUUUGGUUUUGGAGAGAGCUCUGCUUCCGGAUCAGCCUGCAGUUAUUCCAGUGGAAUUACAUGAUACUGCUGCAGUUUAUGAUCGUAGUAACCAACUAAAUCCACUGCUUUCUCAACAGUCGACAUCACUUGCUCCGGGUUUGCAACAACCUUGGAGUGUUGUAGCUGCCAAUCCCGCUCACUGUGCCGUUCCGCCGAGUGGUCAACAGCAUCGUCAGCAGCAGAUGGGUUCAUCAUCUAAAAGACAGACUAGGAUGAGAUCACAAAAAGAGAAGGAAAGUAACAGUAUUCAUUUGUCACCGGUUAAGAAACGAGUAAAAGAAAACACGCCACCAAAAUGGGAUAUUCCCUCUCAGAACAUUGUCACUUCGACAACUCAAAGCCAGAAUUCUGUAGUAAAUCCAAGUAGCCUGUUAAUGUGUGCGGGCAGCCCAUUAUCGGGAUCUAAUAUGCGAUGGCAUCCUCAGAUAACCAAACACUCUAGAACAAAGACAGUUGUGUUAACUCCAGAUCACGAACAGCAGCGACGAACAAUUGUCAUCUGUGAUACACCUAGUCCUGCUAUCAGCGUCAUAACCAUCAGUUCUGACUCCGAAGAAGAAAGUGAAACUCUAUGCUGUAAAGGUAAAGGAUGCACUUCAUGUGUAAACAAGAAAAAUGAUAAAAUAUCCAGUCAUACGAAAAAUGGAACUACAGCAACAACGUGCGCAAGUGUGCUUCCUCUCACUCCGGAUGGUGAUGGAGGAACAUAUGUGGUGCAUUCGACGUCUCAGAAAGGAAACGGAACUGUAACUACUACUACGGCAACGUCCACGACUACCGGUAAUGGCAGUCAUAGAAUAAAUGGAUAUUCGAGGAAGCACGUGGUCAGCUGCGUAACGGUACCCGAUUCGGAUUCCGAAGGUCACUACAGCCCAGUGAGAGCACUUCCCAAUUUUACAGCUAGCGUCAUGGGAAAAGUAAUUAAACCUGAGCCUCAGAAGGACAUGGUCACCAACAGUAUACCUGCUAAUACCUCCCAAAAGAAAAGAAUUUUAGUUAAAGCUCAGGCACAGUCACAUUAUACAAGCGUACCUACCAAACAAGAAGUUAUUGAUUCAGAAGAGCAAGAAGAACAGAAUCAAGUUUUGGCAACACAUCAUCCAAAAACUUUAGCCAUAACUGGUGGAAGUCAGUUGACAACGACUACAGUCAGUGGAGUGGGAAGAGGUAAUCAAUCUGUGCGGUUAUCACCUAUUCAGCAUGUGGGUCAACCACUUUACCUUACCACAAGUCAACCAGAUAUGUACAGGGAAUAUUGUCGUCCGGCAGUGUACGUGGCCUCUAGUUUGGCCCAACCUACCUAUUUGCCGACCAACCAGUCUCAAAAGUACGUUCUGGCUCCGGGACAGAUAUCGGCUGGAAAUGCCGCUCCGUUUGCAGCCAAUCAGCUUCCGGCACCUCCGCCCGCCCACCACCACCACACCACCAACCGACCUGCCGUGGGUGCCACCGUGCCUUACGCUGCCACCCACACCGCCACCCAUCCGCUGCCUGCUCACCUGCAGCCAGCAAGUGCUGCCUCUGCCACCGCCAUCCUUCCCAACUCCACCGUUCCUCUGGCUUCCUUUCCGGCCGCCGCCGCUGCUCAGGCGCCUCCGCCCUAUGGAUACAGCCUCAAUCCGCUGAGUCCUCCCAAGUCACAAUACCAGCAUCUCUACCAAAUGUUUGGCGAGUAGGCGUUGGCCCAAGAUCGCCGUUGCUCUUCCGCAUGCACCAUUUUGUCCGGACUUCCGACACUCAAGCUCUUUCUCGGAUCUUUCCUUUUGUGCCUCUGACGGAUGGUUUUACUCCUUUUGCGUUCUGUCUCCCUUUUGGACGGCGGGGAGAGAGCGCUCCGCGCCCGUCCCCGUUUUAUCCUGUCCAAGAGAGUAAUUGGUCUCGGAUUUCCGGCCCGGCGGAAGACUCGGUCGCUCCACCACCGUGGACCCUCGCCCGGAAGGAGAAGACGACAGACUUAGGUUACGUCUGGAAAGAUUGCCAUGAAGUUUUCCUUCCCAGAAGACUUUUCUAGGCCCAAGUUCAAAAAAUGGUAAGAGAAGCUUCAGCGCAGACCGGUCGAAGUCGUGACUCUCAUUUUUUUUAAUCGGACAUUUCAGUUUACCGGUUUUGUUUCUGUGGAAGCACCGACCCAGCAUUUCUUCGUGCAUAAAAUACUAAACGGGAUGUUUGUUCAUUUUUUUUUGUAAUUUAGGGAAAAGUUCCAUUGAUUGUAUAUAUCUAUACAUAUAUAUAUAUACAUAUAUAUUAUAUAUAUUAUAUUAUAUUUGUAAAUGUGAGAUAUAUUAUUGGUGGGAGAUAUAAUGUGUAGAUGGUAUAUGAACUUUAAAAGCAAAAACAGAUUUAUUAUUAGAUGGUUCCACCUCGUUUCAACGUGGUAACAGGGUCUUUCUGGCGAGCCGUGUGUCCCCUAGUCCAAAACAGGACAACUGUAGCUCGCACCCUGGUUAAUUCAUUACCGAUAUACCUCUACGUCAUCUAGUUUGUUUGUAGUGAGUGAGUCAACGUGCAGUGAUAUUUUGGUACCUAAAUGAAUCCCAAACUUUCCUGCAUACACUGGGAAAAAUUUUGUGUUCGUGUGUCGUCCCUUCGUGUUUAUCAUCAAAUUUAGAAAGUGAAGACAAAUUCUAAUUAUAUUUUAGUCAUAUAAUACUUAGCAUCUCAGGUGUUUGCCCCUUUUUAAUUCAGAGCUUUGUCAUAAUACAUAUUAAGUGCUUAUAGGGUUUUUAAUUCGACCCAUAUUAUAUAUACAUAUAAAUAUAUAUAAAAUUUAUUCAUAGUCAUCCCAUAUAUGAUUAAAAUCCCAUAUUUUCCCUUACGGAAAUUUGAAAAAUAAAAUGAUGAAUUGCUCGUACGUGUAUACUUACGUCGUUUAGCUGGAAAUUUUGCAUAAUUGUUUUAUCAGCCUGGGAUUUUUACAUAAGUUAUUAUUAUAUUAUAUUAUUAUUAUCUUUAUUUUAAAAUUAGUUGCCUUAAUAUUUAGAUGUCAGGCUGAAAUUUAAGUGCCUGUUAAACAUUAACAUGAAAUUUAAAUAUAUAUAUACACACACACACAAAAUGUAUAUAGAACUUAUAUACAGGAUGAAGAACCAUUGUAAACAUUAUAACCUCAGACGAUGAUAGAAGAGACAAAGUUUAAUUCAAUUUAUUAUAUUAAUCGCAAUUAAUUGGAGGAACUCAAUUAGUGUUAUCGGCCAUUCUCCGUUUUAAUUCUAGAUAAAUGUUUUCUACCGAUUCCGUGCGCGUCGGCGGGUUCUCCAGAAUAAUAGGGACGUUUUUUACGGAAUUUUGUGUCUUGUAUCGCCUCUCGAGAUUAUUAUAUUUACUCUCAGUUCGCAAAUGAAUACGCAGACAAUAUAAAUGUAUAGACUCACAUUAUCUAGUGUUAAUAUGUAAACUGUUGUGGAUAAUCUGGUUUUAGGUACGAAUUAUAGAAUUAUGAUUAUCAAUUUCUUUAGAUUUAAUAUAUUUGUGUGAAUAGCAUGCAAAGUUUUGAUGUUUAUUGAUGUUAUUUAACAUUUCGUCGACAUUCGUCUCCCUUAGAAAGCGAGCGUGGCUUCCUCGUCCUGCAAGACGUGCCUCUAGCAUUUGGGACUCGGCCACCCCCGACAUCCCACGAGGACUGCGAAUAUCCCUUUGUGCCUUUGUACGUAUGUGUGCCGUAUGUACGCAGUAGUUUUGUGUCCUCUUAGAUGGACGCGACACACGGGAGUUAGUGUAUUCGUGCACGCACCCCAUGUUUUAUCACCCAUCACUACAGAUUAAUAGACUUCGGCCAACAAUCGAGCCGGCCAAUUGCCACCAUCCAGAAAUUUGACCGUAAGGGAGGAGGAGGUAAGAGGCCUCUGCAGCCUGCAGCAUCUACGGGUGGAGGGGCUGCCUAACGUUCCACCGUGUCGCUUUUUUUCUCGUGGUGGAGACACGACAUGCGUGCGGUCGAAAUUGCUAAUCAAAUAUCGUUAGCGUCCCCAGCCUCACCGGACUGGCGGACAUUUCAACAUAUCGAAUGGGAGACGACGACGCUAGAAAAAUAUAUGUAAAUGUGGGUAGAGUUCCUGUGUGUUAUAUCUUAUAUCUGUUGUUAAAUAUGUGCGUUAAUGUGGAACGAUGCAUUUUUUUCCAAAACUUAGUUUGUGGCGGUACAACCGGAUUGUUACCGUAGGCGACUAGUUCAAAACAUGUGUCUGAGUAGGAUUUAUACUGCACUAAUGUAAACUGCACCUCGGUGUCGUAUCUCUUUCCUGCAAGAGAAACCCGGUGGGUCGUGCUUUCUUAAUGCCUUCGCCGUGCCGAAAAACCCCACCUCCAGUAGGACCGUUUUCCGAUUAGCCGUCUACGGUAUAAAUUGUCUUUUUGCUCAUUACCAAGUUGUCCAAACGGGAGAUGACUUCCGUCUGUGUGUCGAGAGUGUGCCCGUACGAGUGUGUAUGUCGGUGUUUUUACUAGCAGACCAGUUGUAAAAUCCAAAAAAUUACGCGGUGUUGCACCGGCGGGCUCGAACUCCAUGCCGGAUCGCUCCGCACACAUUCCUUUCUCGGCGGGAGGGGAGUGCCUUCGAAGUAUGGCAUACGUGCAUCUUUUCCCCCUCCUAGUUGGAUUUGCACCUUUCACCCCGUAACGGAAUGCUGUCGUGCCUGUUUGUGCAACCGAAAUUUACUCCAAAUGGGUGAAGUUAUGGGAAUAAUUCUUACCUAUACACAAUUGCACAUUUUUGUAGAUAAAACGUGUUUUCUGUACAAUUCUGUAGAUAAGAAAAUCAAAUUUAAAAAAAAAAAAACACUGUAGAUAGAUAUGUAUUGUGAUUCCGGGAUGG